AUGGAUUCCCUCCCCGCCGAACUCCUCAACCUCAUCCUCCUAUGGGACAUCCGCAUGUGCCGUUGCGAAAAGAACUCGAUACUACCAUUGCGGCUAGUUUGCAAAGCCUUCGAUGAGAUCCUAAAACCAUACGUGUUCAAGACAAUACAGCUCGAAUUCUCUCGGUUCCUGAGGCAGAGGAGAGGCGCGAUUGAGGCAAAGGAUUGGGAUGAAGAGGGGAAGAUUGCGAAAGAGCUGCAGGGACACGGGAGCGGAUUGGAUGUAGUAUGGGGACAUGAGGCAAUUUGGAAGCUAACGAUGGAUAGGGAGGGGCUGAAAAGAGUGGGUGGAUGUUGUGAGGCUCUGUAUUUGGAUUUAAUGGUUGUGAGGGAUGAGGAGGAAAUAACUCGUCUUACGAACGUCUUCCAGGGCCUGAUACCCAAGGUUCCGGAGUUGGUACCACUGCUCGCCUCCCUUCGGAAAUAUUGUAUGAAUGAAAGCACAUUUGACGAGACUGAUUUCAAGGAGCUUGUGGAAAAUGUCCUUGAUGCCACACCGAACAUGCGAAGACUAAAGUUGAAUUUGCCAUUCCAAGUCGUUGGUCAACAAAGUCGAACAGCUACUCUCCUCCUAGCUACAACAAUGGCAGCUCUCACAAAACGACCCGAAGAAGCCAAAGGGCUCGAUACUCUAGUCCUUGACCAUGUCAGCGAUACAACGAUCAUCGAUAUCUGCAACAAUCCCAUGGAUCUAGGGAAUGCCAUACAGGCCUUCUCGGGGCUCAAGCAUCUGGUGCUAUCUAUGAAAAGACAAGAAGCACGGGACGCUCGACAAGUCGUUUUUACCAAACAUCUAUGGUUUCUGAUUCGGAAAGCCAUUGAUUUAGAAAGCCUAUGCUUGAUCGGAUGGAACGUCAAGAGAGACAUUGCCACAAGAACGCAUUUACAUGGCGUUUCAGCCAAUGUUUGGAACAUGCGAUCUCUACCAUUUCACGUAGAUGAAUCUCGUACUUCAUCUCGCCUUCGAUUCUUAGAGCUGAAGCGUGUCGACAUCGAUCCGCGUUCCCUGCUCAACCUGGUGGCGGAGUCUGCUAGAUCACUGAAAGAGCUAUAUUUAAACGAAGUGUACCUAAAGGUUGGAGAUCACAAUGCUUCCAGCGGCACUUCUCUAUGGUUGGGGCAUGGCGACCUUCGAAAAACAGAUGAUGUCGUCUGGGUUGCUCAAGAUUUACGCAAAAUCGAAGGCUUGGAGCUGGAUGUUCUCCGAGCGACUGGACUCGGAUACGAUGAAUUUGACCCAGAGACGAAUCCAAUGCACCCGAACUACGAUCUCGUUGAUUAUUCUGGUCGGAAUCGACCAUUCGAUCAACGAUUUGUCGAGGCGGUCCUUUACUUCGAGGAUGUCAUCGCGGACGAUACUCCCAAGCCAAAAGUCUGUUCAGGGUCAAGCGGUCAAGAUUUGCCACAAAUUGCCACCGUCAUCCCCGAACUCACAAACCUCACCAGCGUCCUCCCACCAGAGUAUCCGGAAGAGAGUCCUGGACCCAUCUUCGGUGAACUACCUCAGUCCGAACAACUACCACUUGCUCUCCCUCCCCUCCUUCAAUCGGAACCCGCAACACCAGCACCGGUGCAUCAGGUACAGUUCAACCAGACAAACGCUGGAGGUCUCUACGUCGAGUCAUCUCAGCCUGAACAGCACACUCUCCCUCCUCUCAACCACUUGCGGAAAGAAAAAGAAUACGAUGCCGAGACAUUCCAGAGAUCUCACAACACUACUUCGCAUUUCAAGAGAUGCAUUGAUGGGUAUUUCUUCAAUCAUAAUGAGCAGGCCUUGAAAGAGCUACAGAAUAUCAUUACCGUUGCGGAUCGAGGGAUGACGCUCCUUUCGGAAGAAAUUGACAGAGCGAGGCAUGGAACGGGGAUUUUGCCUCCUCUUCCUCUUUGA